GAGCUCAUACGCGACAUGAGUGGGGAGGAAUGAAGGGAAACGACGAAUCGCACGGCAGUGGUGGAACAGAACAGAAGCGUAUGCAGCAACGGUACACACUCAUACGUACGUACAUACGAGCGCAUACUGUGUAACGAAUGCUGAAAAGUGUACGAAGGUAGAGAGCGUCGAGUUGCGCGAUAAGCGUGUUAUGUUGCAUUUCGGUGGAAAUUCUUGCGCUGAAGUAACGUAACGACAGUGUAGUGCGAGGGGGAGGCGGAGAAGGAGAGUGAGCGAGUGCCGUCAACGUACGCUGUCGUGUGGUUGUCGCACUCGUGCUCACCAUCGAGCGGGAUCGCAAACACCGCGCGGUGCGGCGUGCCUGAUUGCCGUCAGCGUCUCGUGUGCUCCCAUCGUGUUCGUGUUUUCUCAUAGUAGGUGCUAGAGUAGCGUGUUCGCUGGAGAAUGGCGUCGGACGAGGAGGUGGACGAAAGCUACGUUGCAGAGGAUGAUGUAGAUGAAAGUGGAGGACAGAUAUCAAAUGUUGGUCAGCAAGUAGACGGUUCAUCUGAUGCUGAAGAAUCUCAAAGACUGGAAGAAGAUGAUGAUUAUGAACCAGAGGAAAGAAAAAAGAAAAAAGGUAAAAAGCGGAAAGCACGUAGUGAGGAUAAAAAGGGAAAGAAAAAGAAGAAAAAGAAAAAAUCUGAUUCUGGAGAUGAGAGUGACUUUGGUGGUGGUGAGGCUGGUGAUGCAGCUGGUGAAGAUAGUGACUAUGCAAUCAACAGAAAGUGUAGAAAAUCUUCAUCACGAAAAUCAUCCAGUCAUAAUGCACCAACCACUCAGAGCCAAGAACCUACGACAGGCAUGCCCACAAUUGAAGAAGUGUGCAAUACAUUCGGUUUAACGGAUGUACAUAUUGAAUAUUCUGAAGCCGAUUUUCAAAAUUUAACAACGUAUAAGCUAUUUCAACAACAUGUCAGACCACUCUUAGCAAAAGAGAACCCGAAAGUUCCAAUGUCGAAGCUUAUGAUGUUAGUAGCAGCUAAAUGGCGUGAUUUUUCUGAAUUAAACCCACAUACGCAACCAGAUGCAGACGUUUCGUCCACAAAUGUAGAUGAUGAUAGCAGAAAUGCUAGGGCGAAUCGUGGUGGUACUAUGCAGGAAGCUGAAGAUGAAGAGGAAGAUGAUGAGGACAGUGAUCGGAAAAGAAAAUCGCGAGGCUCGAGAGCGAAAAAAGGGAAAAAGGCGUCAAAGGUACCAACGUUGAAGAUUAAGCUUGGGAAACGUAAACGAGGAAGCUCGGACGAGGAAGCGGAAGGUAGUGCAGCAGGUUCUGACAGAGAUUCCGAUAUGGAAUUUGAACAAAUGUUAGCUGACGCGGAAGAGACUCCUGGUGCUGAAGGCAAUAAUAAAGGUGGUGUUGAAGACAGUGGUGUUGAACCGCCGGCCGAACCACCAGUUCGCAGAAAGGCAAAAACUAAAAUCGGCAAUAAGACUAAGAAAAAGAAGAAGACGAAAACUACUUCCAAAUUUCCAGACGGAGAGGAAGGUCUCCAGACUGACCAUCAGGAUUAUUGUGAGGUCUGUCAGCAAGGUGGAGAGAUUAUUUUGUGUGACACGUGUCCCAGAGCGUAUCAUUUAGUAUGCUUAGAGCCUGAAUUGGAGGAAACACCAGAGGGAAAAUGGAGUUGUCCUCAUUGCGAAGGAGAAGGUGCAGCGGACGACGAUGAUGAACAUAUGGAAUUCUGUAGAGUUUGCAAAGAUGGUGGAGAAUUAUUAUGUUGCGAUAGUUGCACUAGUGCAUAUCAUACACAUUGUUUGAAUCCUCCACUAUCAGAGAUUCCUGAUGGUGAUUGGAAAUGUCCUCGAUGUUCUUGCCCACCGUUAAGAGGGAGAGUUGCAAAAAUAUUAACGUGGAGAUGGAAGGAAUGUUCGGAAACUCCAUCGGAAGAACCUUCUACAAGCAAAGCCGCGCCUAAACAAAGAAAAAUGCGUGAAUUUUUUGUUAAGUGGGCAGACAUGUCUUACUGGCAUUGUGACUGGAUAACAGAACUGCAGCUUGAUGUUUUUCAUCCUCUUAUGUAUAGGAAUUAUUACCGUAAAUAUGACAUGGAUGAACCACCAAAAUUGGAAGAGCCACUGGAUGAAAGCGAUUCUCGUAUGAAGCGAUUGAAAGAACAGGACGGCGCUACUAAUAGAGACGAGUACAAUUUGGAAGAACGAUUCUAUCGUUACGGCGUGCGUCCAGAAUGGUUGGUUGUUCAUAGAGUGAUCAAUCAUCGAUUGCAGAGAGAUGGUAGAGCUACGUAUCUCGUUAAGUGGAGAGAACUUGGUUACGAUCAAGCGACGUGGGAAGAUGAGCACGAGGAUAUACCGGGCUUGAAACAAGCUAUCGAGUAUUAUUUGGAUUUGAGAGCUGCAAACUGCUGCGACGGUAGUUCAUCACGUAAAGGGAAAAAGGGCAAAGGAAAGAAAUCAAAGACGCGUGAGAUAAUUGACGAUGAAGAGCGAACACCGAAGCGUUACACACCACCGCCAGAUAAACCUACGACGGAUCUCAAAAAGAAGUACGAGAGACAGCCGGAGUAUUUAGAUCAAACUGGAAUGCAGUUACAUCCUUAUCAAUUAGAGGGCUUGAAUUGGCUGAGAUAUUCAUGGGGACAGGGUAUAGAUACGAUACUGGCCGACGAAAUGGGUCUGGGAAAAACUAUUCAGACUAUAACGUUCUUAUAUUCUUUGUAUAAGGAAGGCCACUGUAAAGGCCCUUUCUUGGUUUCUGUUCCUUUAUCAACCAUCAUCAAUUGGGAACGUGAAUUCGAGACUUGGGCACCGGACUUUUAUUGUGUUACCUAUGUGGGUGAUAAGGAUAGUCGUAUUGUGAUUCGUGAAAAUGAGUUGUCUUUCGAAGAAGGUGCUGUGCGUAGCGGACGUGCUUCCAAGAUCCGCUCAUCGUCGAUAAAAUUUAACGUUUUGCUUACGAGUUAUGAACUCAUCUCAAUAGAUUCUGCAUGCUUAGGCUCAAUUGAUUGGGCCGUGUUAGUUGUGGACGAAGCACAUAGAUUGAAGUCAAAUCAGUCGAAGUUCUUUAGAUUACUGGCGUCUUACAACAUUGCAUAUAAACUUCUGUUGACUGGUACUCCGCUGCAGAACAAUUUAGAGGAAUUGUUCCACUUGCUAAAUUUCUUAUGUCGUGACAAAUUCAAUGAUCUAGCAGCUUUUCAAAAUGAAUUCGCUGAUAUUUCCAAGGAAGAGCAAGUUAAAAAGCUACACGAAAUGCUCGGUCCUCAUAUGUUGAGAAGAUUGAAAGCCGAUGUACUGAAGAAUAUGCCUAGUAAAUCCGAAUUUAUUGUACGAGUCGAAUUAUCACCAAUGCAGAAGAAAUAUUACAAAUAUAUAUUAACGAGGAAUUUCGAAGCUUUGAAUCCCAAGGGUGGUGGCCAGCAAGUAUCAUUGUUAAAUAUAAUGAUGGAUCUCAAGAAAUGUUGUAAUCAUCCGUAUUUAUUUCCCGCUGCAUCGCAAGAAGCACCGACUGGACCAAACGGAAGUUACGAAACAUCAGCAUUGAUUAAAGCAGCUGGAAAAUUGGUCUUACUGAGCAAGAUGUUGAAAAAAUUGCGAGGCGACGGACACAGGGUCCUUAUAUUUUCUCAAAUGACAAAGAUGUUGGAUAUUCUUGAAGAUUAUUUAGAGGGCGAAGGAUACAAAUAUGAGAGAAUAGAUGGUAAUAUUACGGGUGCUCAACGUCAAGAAGCUAUUGACAGAUUCAAUGCUCCUGGUGCGCAACAGUUUGUCUUUUUGCUUUCUACUCGGGCUGGUGGGUUAGGUAUUAAUUUAGCAACGGCGGAUACGGUAAUCAUUUACGACUCUGAUUGGAAUCCACAUAACGAUAUUCAAGCAUUCAGCAGAGCUCACAGAAUAGGACAGGCCAAUAAAGUCAUGAUCUAUAGAUUUGUCACGCGUAACUCCGUAGAAGAAAGAGUAACUCAAGUAGCCAAGCGCAAGAUGAUGCUCACUCAUUUGGUUGUGCGACCAGGUAUGGGCGGCAAAGGUGCGAAUUUCAGUAAACAAGAACUCGACGAUAUUUUACGGUUUGGUACGGAGGAAUUAUUUAAGGAAGAGGAAGGUAAGGAAGACGAAGCUAUUCAUUAUGAUGACAAGGCUGUUACUGAAUUGCUAGAUAGAAGUAAAGAAGGUAUUGAACAGAAAGAGAAUUGGGCCAAUGAGUACUUAAGUUCUUUCAAGGUUGCCUCAUAUGUGACGAAGGAAGGAGAAACGGAAGAAGAAGCAGAUACAGAGAUAAUCAAGCAGGAAGCUGAAAAUACGGAUCCAGCAUAUUGGAUCAAGCUGCUUAGACACCAUUACGAGCAGCAACAAGAGGAUAUCGCUAGGACACUCGGAAAAGGUAAACGAGUACGAAAGCAAGUCAAUUAUAUUGAUGGUGGUGUAACUGGCGACCAAGGUGCGAGAGAUGACCAGCCGUGGCAAGAAAAUCUGUCAGAUUAUAAUAGUGACUUUAGCGCUCCUAGUGACGAUGACAAAGAAGACGAUGACUUCGACGAGAAAGGCGACGGAGAUUUAUUGUCACGCAGAAGUAGACGAAGAUUGGAGAGACGUGAUGAGAAGGAUAGACCUUUGCCGCCUCUACUUGCAAGAGUAAACGGAAAUAUCGAGGUACUUGGUUUUAAUGCAAGACAAAGGAAAGCGUUUCUUAAUGCGAUUAUGCGCUAUGGAAUGCCACCGCAGGAUGCUUUCAAUUCUCAAUGGUUGGUACGCGAUUUGCGUGGGAAAUCUGAGAAAAAUUUCAAAGCCUACGUAUCAUUGUUUAUGCGACACCUUUGCGAACCAGGUGCCGAUAAUGCGGAAACAUUUGCAGACGGUGUUCCGCGAGAGGGUCUUAGUCGGCAGCACGUAUUAACGAGAAUCGGUGUAAUGUCUCUAAUAAGAAAGAAGGUGCAAGAAUUUGAACAUAUAAAUGGUUACUAUUCGAUGCCGGAGAUGAUACGAAAACCAGUAGAACCUGUGAAGGUUGGUGAAGGAGUUGGUGAUGCAGCAACUGGUACCAGUAGUACUAGUGCUACGCCAGCCACUUCGAAUGCUCCUAGCCCGAGUCCUGCCGCUACACCAACCCCGACAUCGACAUCCGGUACGGGCAACGAGACUAACAAAACUAAUUCUGAUUCAUCGGAAGUUAAGGAAUGUAGGGAUGAAACGAAAGAUAAAGAGAGUGGUGAUGCGAAAGAUUCUAAGGAAGAUCCAAAAAGUUCUAAAGAAGAUGAUGAAAUCAAUUCUGAGAAAGAUAAGGAAAAAGAAGAUAUCAAGAAGGAGGAUAAGGAUGCUGAGACAGAAACUGUUGAGAAGGAGAAGGAUAAAGGUGAUAUAAAGGAUGAAAAAGUUGCAGCAAAACAUGACGAUAAAGCAGAGAAUAAUGAAAAUAAGCUCAAAUCUGAACCUGAGGAGGAUGUUGUUAUCGUUAAGGAUGACGAAGAGGAAAUUGAGAAACGAGAGGAGAAAGAUAAGGAAAAGGAAGUAAAGGACUGUGAUGCUGAUGUGAUGAAGCCUAAGCGUAAGUUUAUGUUUAACAUAGCCGACGGUGGCUUCACGGAACUACAUACACUCUGGUUGAACGAAGAGAAAGCUGCUGUUCCUGGCCGCGACUAUGAAAUUUGGCAUCGUCGUCACGAUUAUUGGCUUCUGGCUGGCAUUGUCACCCAUGGUUACGGCCGUUGGCAGGAUAUACAAAAUGAUAUUCGAUUUGCAAUCAUCAAUGAGCCAUUCAAAAUGGAUGUAGGGAAAGGGAACUUUUUAGAGAUAAAGAACAAAUUUCUGGCGAGACGUUUCAAACUCUUAGAACAAGCGUUAGUAAUCGAAGAACAGUUAAGGCGGGCUGCUUACUUGAAUUUAACACAGGAUCCGAAUCAUCCCGCUAUGAGCCUCAACGCGCGGUUUGCUGAAGUUGAGUGUCUCGCUGAAUCCCACCAACAUCUUAGUAAAGAAAGCCUUGCCGGUAAUAAACCUGCUAAUGCGGUGUUACACAAGGUGUUAAAUCAACUGGAGGAAUUACUUUCCGAUAUGAAAUCAGAUGUGAGUCGUUUACCAGCGACAUUGGCACGUAUUCCUCCAGUUGCUCAAAGAUUGCAAAUGUCAGAGAGGUCAAUAUUAAGCCGACUUGCAGCCACAGCACCUGGUGGAAGCAGCACUCAGUCGGGUCAGGCUGCGUUGCUGGCACAACAAUUCCCAGCAGGUUUCUCAGGAGGACAAUUGCCAGCUACUUUUGCAGGCGCCGCUAAUUUCGGCAAUUUUCGACCACAAUACUCAGUACCAGGCCAGCCACCGCAAGGUUUCACAGCCUGAAUAUUAAGUGUUGGAUUACGAUGGCUCAAACAUGGACACAAAAUAGCGCAAAUUGAACUAUCCAGUGAGAAUCGUUUGCGCUGUAACAUUAUUUUUCGUAAAUUGCAGUUUUUAGCUGAAUUUUUCUAGAAAAGAAUACAUGAAGAGAUGCCCCAAGUGAAGACGUACAUAUUUUACAAUCGAAUUUGCAUUACUUCUGUAUUUAUUACGUGUACAUUCGGCAUCUAGAUUCGAGAUUUCACGUUUUGUAUUUAUACAUACGUUUUUUGUAGGAAGCGACAUAGAUUAUCUCUUUAAGUAUCUUUUAAGAAUAUGAUUUAUAUAUUCUGUCCUUCUUCCUCCUGUCUUUCUCUCCCUAGACUUUAUUGUAUUGCAUGUAAUAGUAAACACACAUUAUUUACUUAAAUCUAUUUAAAUUUAUCUUUAGUUUAAAAUGCUCGGAUUUUUAUCUUAUUUUCUUAAGGUGCGCUACUUCAAGUAGUCUGUCAUUUGUAAUUUAUUCGCGAGAUUUGCGGCAAUAGUUUACGCGCGAAACUUUCAGAAUAUUCACGAUACUUUAAGGUCUGCUGUGGUUUCCUCAAUUUCGAAUUGUUUAUUUAUAACGAUGCAACGAUCAUACGUGUCCAUUGCAGUAAGUCCACGGCAAUCACUUUAGUCAAAACUGACAUUCGGCAGUGCCGUUAAAAGAAAAACAACUAUAAUCGUUAAAUACAGCUCUUUUAAAGAUGAAUUUAAACAUAAAAAGAAAUGGCACAUAAGAGUCUUAAUCAUAUAUUGUAAUAAACGAGUACGACUGAGCAAAAACUAGACAUUAAUAUAGUUAUUAUUAGUUUAUCAUCUGGAUAAUGAUACAAUGGGAGAUCAUGUAUAAAUUCAUGCUAAAAGACAGAAUCUGAAUAAAUCGUAGAAUAUAAAUAAUUUUUAUUUAUACAUGUCCAUUAAUUUGAUUUUAUCUUUGUAAUUGGCCUUUUGAUGUUUAUAUAACCGUUGCAGAAGAUGGAAUUGAUUGACACAAACAUGUCUAGUUAUUGCUGAAAAAUUAAUUGUUUAUUAGAAUACAUGAUUAUUGUGCAUCGAUAACUACAAUUAAACUCUUAUUUACCAUUUCUAUUUAUGUUUGAAUCCACUAAAAAAAAUAAUGCGGAGUGCAUUCUAUUGUAAUGCAUGGGUUGUAUAAGCAAAUACGAUGCAGAUCCGUUUUUGUCUGUCGUUUUUGCAUUUGUUAUUAGGACAUUGGAAAAUUAUCUUAUGUUAUUAAUCGCCAUUGAUCAGAAUGAAACAUGGAUUACUUUCUAUUUCCUCUUUUUUUUUCUUCCACGUUUAUUUUUAUUACGAAGAGAUGCAAGCAAUUUACUGCUCCGUGUAAAUAGAUUUUUUCUUUUAUAUUUCUUUAAGAUAAUUGAUAUAAUUGAAUUGAAAUAAGAUCGUGGUUAAAAUAAUAAAUUUUGACGCUUGCGUAAUUACGAAUAACGAAUCUAGAAGCUGUUUUUGAUCCAUGUGUACACGUACAUUGAUAAUAUUUGUACAUAUUGUCAUCGUAUUUAUAAAAACAUCCAAUAAUAUACAUUUGCACUAGACUUGUAAAUUGAAGGACACGUCGUGCCCCAUGCAUUACUAUAUAGCAAUUAAAUCCAAUUGUAACAGAUAUCGACGACUUUAAAUAAGCAUACGUAUUGUUCAGUCUUUUCUACCUGUUUCAGAAACUAGAAUAUACUUUGUUUUCUCAUUAAUGUGAACUUGCCAAAUUAUUGUGUUGGCACAGCUAAAUUUUUAAGAUUAGUUUAAAGUUUAGCUAUGGAAUUUGAAAAACAAUGUGUGAGGGAAGCGAUGAAAUAUUACAAAACACUACAAAAAAAUCGUUUGUGUAUGUAUUAGAUUUACUGGAAUAAAUUAAUAAUAACUGGAA